GUGUGAUGUUACAAAUUUUCUAGCCAAGCACAGGGGGAACCAAAGUGAGCAAGUGGAGCAAGAAAGGCAGCAGCGGAGAGCACGACACAUCGCUGUGCACAAGCACAUCAUCAUCAUGUCCACGACAGCAACCGCAGCAGUGGCCAUGGCCAUGGCGACGGCACGCCGGGUGCACGUGGCAAAGGGCUUUGUUGCAAGAGCUGUGGCUUGCGUGGGUGCGACGCCAGCCAGGGCUCAGCUGCACACUUGCUCCUGCAUGCACACAAAGUACCCGCCAAGGGACCCGCAGUACGACUUCAAGAUGUACACGCUGCGGCCAGCCGCCAAGGCACAGGCAUCGGACUUUAUCCAUGAGCUUGGGCUCACCAACAAUGGCGUCAUCGGCUCCCGCCUGACCAUCGAGGCCGUGGACCAGUACUCUCGCAUGGGUUCCAACAACGCACAGGUUCCCUUGCCUGCGUCCACACCCAGGUCCAAGAACACGCAGCACAGCUUCCUCCUCCUUGACGAGGACAAAGUGCCCCACUUUAUGAAAAACGCGACAGAGUACGUGUUUCCGGACCUGGAGGGUCUUGAUAAGGAAUACGACAUGCCGGAGAGCGAGGUCAUCUCCCGGGACCCCGCGUGUGCCAACCGCCGCUUCUCUUUCGUCUUUGUGGACACAAGCGAGGGCCAAACACACAACACCCGCCACAUCCGCAUCCGCGAGCAAGACGGCACCCUGCGCACGGCAACACGCGAGGAGCACGAGCGAUACAACCAGGAAUUCUUUGCGGAGCCGAGCAAGCGGGCCCAGCGGCCUGCUGUGUGCCGGGAGGAAAGCCUGCCUGGCAUGUUUGCCAUGAACCGCCACAAGUACAUCCUGGACCUAACUGUCAAGCACCUCCACCCUUACCAGCGUGACUACCGCGAGGUGCACGAGGCCGUGUACAAGGAUGUUGUUGUCACGAGCAAGUUCAACGCGCUGCAGGACUCGCCCCACUGGCCUGCAUUUGUCCGCUGGCUUGUCCGCACCGACCAGGCACAUGUCCUCAUCUCCACCCUCAUGAAGGCGUCAAGGUUCAAGGACGCCGCAAAGCUGGUGCACUUUAUCAAGACAGGAAGCAUCGCCAUCCCGGAUAGCAUUGAGGAGAACAAGAAGAUUGCCCAGGACUACCUGCAAGAGUUCAAGCCACUCAAGGGCAACAAGAACAAGCAGCAACAGCAGCGCAAAGCGUGACGUAGGAAUGAGGACGCGUGCAUAGUCUUCGGUUGUUCUUCUUCACCUUUUUCUUCCUUGCU